CUUGACACUGAUGCAUGUUAAAUUCGCUUGCUGCGCUAACAUUUUACACAAGAGGGCGACAGAAAAUAUUCAAAUUUGUUGGGAUAUUUUACUUCCAAACAGACAUUUUUCGAGAAAAAGAAUACGAGUGCAAAUAGGUUACAACCUGUCUUGCCAGCCCCAAUACUCUUGCAUUGCUGCAAGCUAACUGGCUACGAGUAGCUUCGACUUGAGGGAUUGUUCCUUAACGUGCGCGAAGAACAAAUCGCUUCCUUCUUUUGAAGAGGAUAAAGGGGACCGGAGCUGCAUAGCUUGUUCUGAAUUUCAUUUUCCUGGGGUCUGGAUUUUAUUCUACCAACGGAGUUGAUCUAAAUCAGGCUAUUCCAUCACCUAGUAUCUUGAUAUUAGGACGACAGCGACGGGUGUCGGAAAGGUGUUACGAGGCAGCACAGAAGCAGAGAGUGAGGAUGCUGACUGGUAAAUUGGUAAAAGAUAUUGACAGAUAUCAAGCUGUCCUUACCUCGUUACUAUCACUCGAGGAGAACAAAUUCUGCGCGGAUUGUGAAUCCAAAGGUCCCAGAUGGGCGUCAUGGAACCUGGGAAUAUUCAUCUGUAUCCGCUGUGCUGGGGUCCACAGGAACCUGGGCGUCCACAUCUCCAGGGUCAAGUCUGUCAACCUGGACCAAUGGACACAGGAACAGAUACAGUGUGUUCAGGAGAUGGGGAAUGCCAAGGCCAGACGACUUUAUGAAGCUUUCCUACCAGAGUGCUUCAUACGACCAGAGACUGACCAGUCAGCAGAGAUGUUCAUCAGGGACAAAUAUGAGAAGAAGAAGUACAUGGACAAGAUCCUAGAUGUCAACAGGCUUAGAAAAGAGAAGAGCUGUGAAAACAUCCCUAUGGAGCCAGUAGUGUUUGAGAAGAUGAAGUUGAAGAGAGAAACCAGCCCAAAGACACAGACCCAGUCUCCAUCUAUCUCAGACCUCCUAGGACUUGACGCUCCUGCUCCUCAUGCUGUUGUAUCUAAUGGUAGAUCCAGCCCUGGAGAGAGAGGGUGUCCUGCGGUGGCUAACCCAGCUACGAUGCACUCUGACCUGAAUCUAUUCAGCCCCCUGCCUGCCUCCUCCACCACCUCCACCAAGACCACACCGGUGGGUAGCUCCAUGCCCAGGGGUUGUGUGGCUGCGUCGGUACCCGAGAACCUCAGCCUGUUCCUGGACUCAGCACCCAGACAGGAGGGCUCUAGGACAAAGAUGUCUAAGGACUCCAUCCUCUCCCUCUACGCAACCACACCCACACCCACAUGGCACCAGAACCUGGCUGCACGAGCUGGCCUGUACAUGAACCCAGCCCAGCUGGGCUACUACGGAUCAUACCAUUCCCUGGCCACGCAGGGGGGAGCAAUGGGAGGAGGCAUGAUCACAUCACACUCCAUGAUGGCCCUGAGUGGUCAGCAGCAGAACGGUGUGAUGGGAGGACAGCAGAACGGAAUGGUACUAGCACAGCGGAAUUGCUUUAUGGCUCAACAGGGUGUCAUGGGGCAAGCGGUCAACACAUCCCCGUUCCUGGUAGGAGUGCCCCACAACAUGAUUGCUCAGCAGCAAAGCAUCAUGGGAGCUCAGCAGAACGGUAUGAUGGGAGCUCAGCAGCAAAGCAUCAUGGGAGCUCAGCAGAACGGCAUGAUGGGAGCUCAGCAGAACGGCAUGAUGGGAGCUCCGCAGAACGGCAUGAUGGGAGCUCCGCAGAACGGCAUGAUGGGAGUUCCGCAGAACGGCAUGAUGGGAGUUCCGCAGAACGGCAUGAUGGGAGCUCAGCAGAACGGUAUGACGGGAGUUCAGCAGAACGGCAUGACGGGGGCUCAGCAGAACGGCAUGAUGGGAGCUCAGCAGAACGGUAUGACCGGAGCUCAGCAGAACGAUAUGACGGGAGCUCCGCAGAACGGCAUGAUGGGAGUUCAGCAGAACGGCAUGAUGGGAGCUCAGCAGAACGGUAUGACGGGAGUUCAGCAGAACGGCAUGACGGGAGCUCAGCAGAACGGCAUGAAGGGGGGAGUGGCGGCCGUGCCUCAGCAGGUGUACGGAGUACAGGAGUGUCAGCAGCAACAGUGGAACAUCACUCAGAUGACCCAGCACAUGGCAGGAGUGAACUUUUACGGAGCCAACGGCAUGAUGGGAUACGGCGGUCAGCACAUGGAAAGACCAACGCCUCAAAGCUCCACCCACACGAUGACAUCACACAUCUGGAAGUGAUGUCAUUAUCUGAAGAGGAAGUGAAGUUGAUGUCACUGGAGCAGCAAUGGUUCUUGGGAGGUUUCGAUCUGGCCUCAUGUACAGGCCAGCUUUUCUACUAAACUCUCCAUCAGACAAUUAACAGGGGAGGAGGAGGAGGAGGAGGGUGGAGAAGUUUAUAUAGGAGCUAUUUCUACCUCUCCUCUCCUCUCCUCUCCUCUCCUCUCCUCUCCUCUCCUCUCCUCCCCUCCCCUCUCCUCUCCUCUCCUCUCCUCUCCUCUCCUCUCCUCUCCUCCCCUCCCCUCCUCUCCUCUCCUCUAACCUCUCCUCUCCUCUCCUCUCCUCACCUCUCGCCUCUCCUCCUCUUCACUCCU